UCCGGAAAAGUUUCGAUGGCGGGCCCUUGAGGAGAGGUCUGCGUGUAAAAGUUCACUUAUUUAUUUUUUUAUUUUUAUGAAUAAUCUAGAAACUCUUCGUUUGAGCACAGCUUGAAGAAGUUUAGGCAGGUUACUUUAUGGAAAUUUAUUUAAGGCCUUGAAAACAAGAUUUAUUCCAUAGUUUCAACAACGCGCAAAACACGGAAUUGAAAAUCGACUACUUGCCGAAGUUCUGGUACCAUCAUGUGGAGGAGUCUAUUAAAAGCACUCAACACUCGUCAUCCAGGCUUUCGAUGUCUAAGCUUCACCCCCCUAGGUGCGUCACCUCAACUCUCACCCGAGCUGUUGAGUAAGAAAGUGAUUCAACCACUCCUCCAAGUUCACCCUGAAGUUGCUGACGCCAUCACUCUCAAGAAUCCUGUCGUGGCAUUGGAGUCGACGAUCAUUACGCAUGGGAUGCCUUACCCUGAGAAUUUAAAAAUGGCUAGAGAUGUCUGUGGUGUUGUGAGAGACAAUGGUGCUGUUCCAGCUACGAUAGCCAUCUUGGAUGGUCAGAUCCAUGUAGGACUGACUGAUGACAAACUCAAGAAACUUGCACAAGCAGGCCAGAAUGCAGUCAAAACAUCCAGACGAGACCUUCCUUACGUACUGAGCAAGGGACUGAUGGGUGGGACCACAGUUUCAGGCACAAUGAUUGCUGCCCAUAAGGCUGGGAUCCCUGUGUUUGUCACCGGUGGGAUAGGAGGAGUUCACAGAGGGGCGCAAGAAUCAUUUGAUGUGAGUGCCGACCUGACUGAGUUAGGCAGGACACCCAUAGCUGUGGUUUGUGCAGGAGCCAAGUCAAUCCUGGAUAUUCAACUCACCCUAGAGUAUCUGGAAACCCAGGGCGUUACUGUUGCAACAUUUGGAGAAACUGUAAACUUCCCAGCAUUCUUCACUUCAGAUAGUGGGUACAAAUCAUCAUGUUCGGUGCUCAAUGCUUCUGAGGCCGCAGCAAUGAUAAACUGUAAUCUGACAUUCGGAGUGGGCAGCGGUAUGGUGAUAGCCGUGCCCAUCCCUAGCGGUUAUGCUGCAUCUGGGGCAGAAAUCGAGAAAGCCAUUCAGCAGGCCCUUGAAGAAGCAAGGUCCGCUAAUAUCACAGGAAAGGAGAGUACACCAUUUGUACUCAAGAGAGUGAAUGAGCUAACGGGAGGAAAGUCUUUGGAGGCCAAUAUUGCUCUGGUAAAACACAAUGCCAAGAUCGGGAGCCAGAUAGCAGUAGAGUUAUCUAAGCUCAGGCAACCCAAUAUCGCCGAGUCAGCGCCAAUACGGGGUUCGUCAAAGAAAUCCGCUGCCAAGUCAGACGAUUUAGGGGCGCAGAUCAAGAAAUUUCGACCUGUUGUCAUAGGAGGCGCCAACGUCGACUUUAUCGCCACAGCAAAGGAAAUAGUUCCUGAAGCAUCCAACUCUGGCAAAGUCCGCAUGAGUUUCGGUGGCGUCGGUAGAAACAUCGCAGAGGGACUGUCCCGUCUGGGAAUGAAGCCGGUCUUCGUGUCUGCGGUCGGCGGGGACUCUCUAGGUGCCCUACUUCUUAGACACUGCGAGGAGUUCCGUCUGACAAAGCAAGGCAUUCAGACCUUCCAGCAAUGCGAGACCGGGACCUACUCUGCUAUAAUAAGCGAGGAUGGUAGUUUCCAUGCCGCUGUUGGUGACAUGGAGAUCCAUGAUAAGAUUUCGCAAGAAAUGAUUGCUGGAUACGAGGAGUCAAUAAAGAAUGCGCCGAUUGUUGUGGUGGAUGCGAAUGUCAGUCGAAGUGGUUUGGACUAUGUACUAAACUUAUGCUCAGAGCAAUCCAUACCGGUUUGGUUCGAGCCGACGUGUAUCAUGAAAGCUGGAAUUCCCUUCGAGACCGACUGUUGGAAGCAUAUCACCUACGCCUCGCCCAACCUCAAAGAACUCCGAACUAUGAGCGACGCUGCGGUGAAGCAUCACAAACUCCCCAGACAUCCACGCUUCGGAGAAAACUCGGAAGCCGUAGCGUCUUCCAACUCUUCCCGAAAUCUCGACGACAUCAUCGAGGAGUGUCUACUGCUUGCUCAGCCAUUGCUGGCUCAUAUUCACUGCCUAGUUGUCACGCUUGGCAAAAACGGCGUCCUGGUUUUACGAGACACGACCGCUGACCUUCCGUUUCCAAGCAAAAAGAACCCUCGCACUCCCGCCAUGCACCACGGGCUCGUUUCUGCUGUUCACUAUCCCGCACCUGAUGUUCACGUGAUCAACGUGACAGGUGCCGGUGACAGUAUGACGGCUGCCAUGGUAAUGUCAAUCAUACUAGGACACGCCCCCGACGACUGCGUCAAGCUUGGACUUGUAGCGGCGUACCACUCUCUCCAGAGCAAGGACGCUAUCGCCAAGUCCCUCUCGCGGUCUAGCUUUACGGUGGAUUCCGUGCCGCAAGUUAAAGACUGUAUACCAAGGAGUAUAGACAUCGACCAUGUUCGGUGAUAGCAUUCUACAAGGUAGUAUUUAGCCGCAUUAUCACCAGUUUACUUCCGGUCGAUAACCUAACAAUAUCCUGUUGUUUUUUUUAACGGAAAACGCGAAAAAUAUUUCAAAAUAUUGAAAGCAGUGUGUCUAUUGGAAGUUUGAGGAUGUGAUUGAUAAUUUAGAGCGGAUGGCCUGUUAAAUAUCUCGGAUUCUGAUAGAUUCUUUUGUCUUUUAACGGUUGAGGUUUCCGUCGGACCUCCGGAAGUAAACUGGUGACAAUGCGGGUUUAUACAGGCGCGUUACCAGAAUUUGUGAGGGGCAAGUGAGCAGUCAAUUAUAUGAUAUGGAAAACGUGUAAGAUUGAUGACAAGAAAUAAUAUCCCCCCUCUACGCGCGCGCACACACACACCCCUAGUCCCAAACCCUCACGCGCCUGUUUGAAGGGGCUAUGCCAUCCGUCGCGUAUGGUCCAAAACAUGUCGAAUUCUUCAUACCAGGUUAUCGUUUACUAAACCGUGGCCCAUGCCAAACUCGUGGCAUAGCCCCUUUAAUAAACGAUAGACAAUUCCUCCAUUGUUUAUAAGGGUAAGGGAAUAUUUUCCAGGGAAACGAAAGGUCGUUUGGACAACAAACAUUUUUCUAUUAUUCAUAGAACCACAGAAAGCCCAACUUAUAGUUUUUGUCUAAUUCUUUUUUUUUUUUUUUGAAAAAAAAAAAAUGAGCACCUCCACCUUAUACAUUAAUAAUGUGCCAUAAGGUUUAGCUGUUCAAUAUAUCCAAAAGUCCAAAGAGAGAAUUAAUAUAAUUCCUUCUAAUAGCUAGGUAAGUCUCGUGACUUACCAUUUGACCAUUUAAUUGGUGAAUUUCGUAGAAAUCUCUAAAACAACGAAAUGUGAUCUUUGGUAAAUGAUAAAAAAAAAACGGAAUAAAACAAACUAACUCGAUAUCUGUGGUGUUUUCAAUCUACUAAAUCCGUUCAGAAAAUCGAAAGAGUACCGAAAAAGCAGUAAACUAGGAAAACUGAAAACUAUGAGCUCUGCGAAAAUUAGUUCAAAUUAAUAGGCAUUUCUGAAAUAACACCUCUUAUCUGAAUAUAGUUAGCUCUGUAUUUGUAUUUGAUGUAAUGUGUUCGAAAUUAAAGAAAUCUUUUAAAUUUACUAUGGCUUAGAAAUACAUCAUAGCAAUGAGUGAUUGGACGGGAUUAAGGUAUUUUUAAAUAAUAUUUGGAUUGACUUUUAGAUUAAAAAUCUCCGAACAGUUUGGAACAAGUAAAAGGCGAAAAAAGGCCCAAAAUAAAAUCGGCCAAAGAAAAAUACGUUUAAGGAGAUUCAGGCUUAUUCUUAUUUAGUAUAAUGGUAAUAAAUAUUUAUGUAUUGUUA